CCAUAAAUUCACCUCCUUCCCUUCCCCGCUACUCACAGUCGCAGACAUCACUCUAUUCUUGACGACGAUGGCCACUUUGUUGAAACACGUCUCACUUCUUCUACUUGCUCUCUUUCUUUCCCCGACUUCAGCUCAGUCGCCUGCCGCGGCUCCGGCGGCUCCAGCAGCUGCGGCAGCUCCGGCUCCUACUCCGUCUUCGCCUCCCACAGACAUCAUCAGAAUCCUCAACAAGGCCGGAGGAUUCACCACUCUGAUCCGUCUUCUCAAAACAACUCAAGUGGCUAACCAAAUCAACUCUCAGCUUUUGACUUCGAGUGGUGGCAUUACAUUCUUCGCCCCCACCGACAGUGCCUUCUCCAACCUCAAACCGGGAUUCCUCAAUUCCCUCAACGACCAGCAGAAGAACGAGCUCGUUCAAUUCCACAUAUUACCCUCAUUGGUUGCCCUAUCAAAUUUCGACACUUUGAGCAACCCCGUGAGAACUCAGGCCGGGGCGGAUCCGGAUCGGUUGGCCCUCAACGUCACGGGGUCCGGCAACCAGGUCAACAUGACGACCGGCGUUGUCAAUGCGACCGUGGGUGGGACCGUGUAUACGGAUAGUCAGCUGGCGGUGUACCAAGUGGACAAGGUGCUUCUCCCGCGGGAUUUCUUUGAGGCCAAGUCUCCCGCACCGGCGCCGGCACCUGCAACAUCCAAGACGAAGGCCUCAAAGAAGAAAGCAGCCGAGGGACCUGGCUCACCUGCGGAUGACUCUGCCGCGAUAACCUGGAAACAGAGGAAAGAGAUGUGGGGGGCCAUUGUUGGAGCUGCAGUGAUGGGAUUUUGGUUGUAAUCAGGAAGAGAGGAUUAAGAUGAAGAAUGAAGCAACGUGCGUGUAUGUCAUGUGGAUGUACUAUGUGGUGCAUGUAGGGUCCGAUGUUUUCGUGCUGCUGCUGCUGUAUGAUUCCAUUGAAUUGAGGGCGAACGGUCAACAUUUUGCAGUGUUCUCCAAAUAAGUCUUUAUCCUUCUCUCUCUCUCUCUCUCUCUCUCUCUCUCUUUUUCCGGCUUCUACUUUGUCUUUGUCCAAUUCUUUCUUAUGAAAUAUGAAUCAAGUCAGUUUGUGGUGGUGAUAUUCGAAUUUUGAAGGUUUAUAAACUCUCUCUGUUCAUCAGAAGGAAAUGGUCACUUCUAUGUAUAAGGCAAUAAAUAUAAGUCAAAAUUAUGCUGAAAA